AUGGCCUCGUCAAGGUAUGUGUGCCGGCCUUAUCUGACGCCGCAGCGCGACGUAUUCCGUCUGCCUGACCCGUUCGCCAUCGUCACCGUCGACGGCGAGCAGACCCACACGACGUCUGUGAUCAAAAAGACACUCAAUCCCUACUGGAAUGAUUCGUUUGAUAUCACCGUCAACGACGCCUCGGUGGUCGCUGUACAGAUCUUUGACCAGAAAAAAUUCAAGAAGCGCGACCAAGGCUUCCUCGGUGUCAUCAACGUGCGCGUAGCCGAAGUUGUGGACCUCGAACUGGGCGGUAAGGCGCUUCUUACGCGCGAUCUGAAAAAGUCGAAUGACCAGCUGCCCGUCCACGGCAAGCUUAUCAUCGACCUGAAUACGAACGUAUCUGCGCCCCUGCCAGCCAACCAAGUGCCGACGUCCACGUCCUCGGCCACGCUUGCCCCCGUCUCGUCUAGCUCGAGCUCGACGGCCCAGCCCGCGACCGACGCGCCGCGUCCUGCGGCCCCAGCUGUCGCCGCUACAGCGGCAUCCUCCCCGCCGGCAGAGCCCCCGCGCCCGUCGGUACCGCAGGCUGCGCCGGCACGUCCGGCCGCUGCGGCUACCGCGUCCGCGGCCAUUGCCGAUCCGUCACGCGCCGCGGGCCCCAGCGCCACUGCCAAUGCGGCGCCAGCGCGCGCGUUUGACAGCCGCUCGGACGAGCUGGGUCCCUUGCCGUCGGGCUGGGAGCGCCGGACGGACCAUCUGGGACGCACGUACUAUGUGGACCACAACACACGCUCGACCACCUGGACGCGUCCGUCGAACAACCCUCCCGCGCAACGGGCUGAUGCGGGAAUGGACCGUACGCGCAUGAACAACAUGGCUGUGGCGGACGACUUUUUGGGUGUGGACAACCCGUCGCAAGGCAGCUCGGCCGCACAGUCGACGCCGGUGGGUGCUGCGUCGUCGGCGACAUCGUCAGGCUCGGGACCCCUUCCGAGUGGCUGGGAGCAGCGCACCACCGCGGAGGGCCGGCCGUACUUUGUGGACCACAACACGCGCACGACGACGUGGGUGGAUCCGCGCCGCCAGCAGAUCCUGCGCAUUAUGGGCCCGAACGGCAACAACCUCAGCCUCCAGCCACAGAGUGUGAGCCAGCUGGGACCGCUACCGAGUGGUUGGGAGAUGCGUCUUACCUCUACUGCUCGUGUGUACUUUGUGGACCACAACACGAAGACGACCACAUGGGACGACCCCCGCCUGCCAAGCAGCCUCGACCAGAAUGUGCCGCAGUACAAGCGUGACUUCCGCCGCAAGCUGAUCUACUUCCGCUCGCAGCCGGCCUUGCGGCCGAUCCCUGGUCAGUGCCAUGUGAAGGUGCGCCGCACGCACAUCUUUGAGGACUCGUACGCGGAGAUCAUGCGGCAGCAGCCGAAUGACCUGAAGAAGCGGCUCAUGAUCAAGUUUGAGGGCGAGGACGCGCUCGACUACGGUGGUGUCUCGCGCGAGUUCUUCUUCCUGCUGUCCCACGAAAUGUUCAAUCCGUUCUACUGUCUAUUCGAGUACAGUGCGCACGACAACUACACGCUGCAAAUCAACCCCCACUCAGGCAUCAACCCAGAGCACCUGAACUACUUCAAGUUUAUCGGCCGUGUGCUGGGUCUCGCCAUCUUCCACCGCCGCUUCCUGGACGCACACUUUAUUGUAUCGUUCUACAAGAUGAUUUUGAAAAAGCGCAUCACGCUGUCCGACAUGGAGAGUGUAGAUGCGGACUACUAUCGCUCGCUGCAGUGGAUGCUGGACAACCCGAUCGCAGGAGUCAUGGAAGAAACGUUUAGCACGAUGGAGGACAAGUUUGGCGAAAUGGUCACGAUCGAGCUUACACCGGGCGGCGAGAACAUUGAGGUCACGGACGAGAACAAGCGCGAGUACGUCGAGCGCAUGGUCGAGUGGCGCAUUGUCAAGCGCAUUGAGGAGCAGUUCCGUGCCUUUAUCAGUGGUUUCUCGGAGCUCAUCCCCCUGGAUCUGAUCAACGUGUUUGAUGAGCGCGAGCUGGAGCUGCUCAUGGGCGGUAUGUCCGAGAUUGAUGUGGACGACUGGAAGCGCUUCACCGACUACCGUGGCUUUACGGAGCAAGACGACGUGGUGCAGUGGUUCUGGCAAUGCAUCACGCAGUGGCCCGCCGAGCAACGCUCACGGCUUCUGCAGUUUGCUACGGGUACGUCGCGUAUCCCGGUGAAUGGCUUCAAAGACUUGCAAGGCUCGGACGGUCCGCGUCGCUUUACGAUUGAAAAGUCGGGUGAAAUCAACCAGCUGCCCAAGUCCCACACAUGCUUCAACCGUAUUGACCUCCCGCCGUACCCUAGCAAGGAGAUCUUGGAAAACAAGCUCGUGUUGGCCAUCGAAGAAGGUAUGCGCUUCGGCAAUGAGUAG